UUGUAAGUGUUUUGGAAAAUUUGGCGUCAAUUUUUUUCAGUUCGCGAUGAUAAAUAUUGCCAGAAAAACAGAAAGACUCAGAUAAUCUUCUAGAUUUUGGAAACUCCAAGCCAAGGCAUGGAAGAUUAUCAUGGAAAGUGGGAUAAAUCAAGAGGAAAGCAAGGAAAGCUUAGAGAAGAGGUUACAUCUGCAAAAGAAGAAGUCCGUCCAGAGUAUGAAGAAUAUUUGCUUUUGCUGCAGCAGAGAAAUAGACUUCUUAAGAAACUAAAGGAGAAGAAUGAGCAACAGAUUGAAUUGGAGAAAAAGGAACAAGGCUUCUCUUUAUAUGUCAAUGGUGCCAAUGUAGGGCUUGGCCAAGCUUAUUCCAGAGCAAAGUCACGCAGUUCAUCAAGGCACACAAAAACAGCUGGAGAUGCAUAUCGAGAAAGAAAAAAGAAUUUACAACAUGAACUGGAAACAUUAGAAAGAGAGGCUGAAUCCAGGGAUGUCAGAGUGAAAACAGCUCCAGAUCCCACUCCUAGUACAAGAAAAGGCUGGAAAUAUGAUUCAAUUCAAAUAAAAACUGAGGGAGGAAAGAGUGUGAGAUUGAAGGCACCAGGGAGGAUUACUGGUAAAUACAGUGAAGACUUUGAAUCUGUAGCUGUGGACAGUAGUGACAGUGCCUCUGAUCAGGAUGUUGCUGAUAAUGAUCUAAGUGAUCAAGAUGAGUUAGAGUUAAACAACAAUGAUGAUGAUGAUGAUGAUGACAAUGACGAUGAAGUAGAUGAACUUACUCUCAGUUUCAAUGAUGUUGAGACACUUCGUAAGUCUCUGGAAGCUGAUGAAUCAAUAAAGGAAAGCAUUGAAGCAGCCAAAAAGAGAAUAGAGGAAGAAACAAAAGAAGAAAAUACCAACAACAAUAACAUUGAUAAUGACAAUGAGGAUGAAAUUGAAGAAGAACUGGAAGAGGCAAAUAGUAGUUUAAAUCUCCAUGAUGCAGCUGUGUUAGAAAGACUUCCACAGUUGACAAGUACACCAGACAAAAGACAAGUUGAAGUGGAAAGCUCUACAAACACUGGCUGCAGCGUUUCAGAGAGUGUGGGGUUUGGGAAAACCUCAUUAGUUGACUCUGGCCAUGGAAAAAAUAAUUCUGUGAAAAAUAGAGAUUUUUCCGUGACUUCUGAUGGCCAUGAGAAAAGACCUCAUCAAAGAAGUAAAAAGCUUAGAAAUGAAUCAGAGAAUCCAGUUGAGGAUCUUGUUCUUAGUUUUUCAUCAUCAACAGUGAAAAGAAAAGAAAGAAACUUGUCAGCAACAAGGCGAAAGAAGAAUGCCGAUCAUUAUGACAGCAUAGAACACUUUUCACCCAAAGAUGACAGAUCUUAUGCUAAACAACAAAAGAGAUCAGAAAAACAUGAAUCACAAAAUCAAGAAGUAACCCUGACAUCAGCUUCAGAAAAGAAGAGUAGACCUUUGUCUGCAACAAGAAGAAUGGAACCUAAGGAUAAAUUGGAUGACAAUGCAGUAGAGAUUUUUAAAGCAAUGGCUGAAGAGAAUCAGACAAUAGAAUCAAAAGCUUCUGGCUCUCAGACAGCUCCAGUAAGAUCUAAGAACCUAUCCAGCACACCAUUACAUGAGGUUAAAAGACCAUCAUCAUUGGCUUCCUUUCCUUUGAAAACUGAUGAUACCAUCGCUCUUGUCACAGAGAAAGUCAGAAAAAUGGAUGCAAGGCAACAGCAAAGUUUGAUAGAGCUUCUGUCCAAACUGGAAUGCAAGGCUCCUUUAAAAGUACCCAGUCCUUCACCUUCUCGACCUUCCCCAAUGAAGGCCACCGUACCAUUUUCACCUGUGACAAAAUCUUCAUCCAUCGAGAGUCAGUCCCAGGAUCUCAGUGUGAUGGAUUCACUGGAAGAUGCUAAAAAUAAUAAAGUUGAAAACGAAGAGGGACUAGAUGUCUACUUUGAGAUUAUUUCAAACUGGGGAAACUCAAGUUAUGUUGGACUAACAGAGAUUCAGUUCUUCGAUUUAGAAGGUAACAUGAUUCCUUAUGAUGAGCACAAUGUUAGUUUGUCAGGCCAUGUUGGAGACGGAGGUGUUCUUGGUAACUUAACCAAUGGCAAAACAAAGACAAUUAAAGGUCGGUACAUGUGGUCAUGUGGGUUGGAAAGUAAACAUCCAGUUGAAUUAGUGUUUCACCUGCCUAGUGGUGAUACUACCAGUCUUGAAUCUCAUGGUUUGUCAAAAAUUUCUGUCUGGAAUUAUAACAGAGGCAUCAAGGAACUUAAUUUCGGAGCUAAAGAUGUGAGAAUAUUCGUUGGAGGGGAGCUUGUGUGGGAAGGAGUUAUUGACAAAGGAUGUGGUAAUCAGGUGUUUGAUUACGGCAAAGUUAUCAAUCUUACCCACACAAAAGAACAAUCAGCAGGAAACAAGGAGCAGGCACAGGAUCCGGAACCUAUAAUUAGAAGUGAAACUGUGGUAUUGAGAAGAUCUGUCGAUGGACAAAAAGAUGAGAAUAAAGAGAGGGGCGCUGCUGUUAAGUGUGAUGAUAAUUCUGAACAUGAUGUGAGCAGAAGCAAAACAGUGUUCUUAAAAUCAUCAACUGAGGAAGAUCCACAAGGAAAAGAGCGUGAUAUCAAGGCUGAUAGUGUUGGGCAAUACAAAAAUGAAAGACCUGUUAAAGGUGGCAAACAUUCUAAAGAACAUGACAAGAUACCAAAACCUCCAGAGUCUCCACGGAUGUACCCAAAAUCUCCAAGACCACAUCGACAGGAAAAAUCAGCAGAAGAGAGUAAGGCAGGCCAACAACAACAGGGACAAGACAAAUCGAAGGAGAAAAACCUCAGGUCUCUCUUAGCUGCGGACUUGGCAUCGAGUAAUAAGAAUCUUGAGGAGGAAUCCCUUGUUACCAGGUCAAGUUCCACUCCAAAUCUUUCAUCCUCAGAAGCUCUUGAGACUUCGGAUGUGACCAGUGAUUCUGUGAGGGGAAACGCUGUGGCUGGUUCUGUGUUACCAAACAAGCCACCGUGGUUAGGGUCGAGUAAGAAGAAAGACAAAUCUGGUUCUUCAUCCCGUUCAUCUUCAAGAUCAAAAUCUAGACCCAUCUGGCUUGAGAAUGAUUCAGGUGUUGAUCCAGGAAGAAGUAACAGCUUGACAGAUGUUCGACAAGCAUCGGAUGAUCUGUUCAAGAAUGAGAAGCCUCAUUCGAGACCAUCAAGUGGACGCAGAUCCAGCACUCCUGGGGCCAGUGAUAAGUCCGAGUCAUUACCUAGUGAAUUUCUUGACAAGGAUGAAUGUCUCCCGACUUGUUUGGAUGGCAAGGCUGGUCAGUCAGUAAGUAUGCCAUUAUCAGAGCGAUGUACAUUUGGACCACCCGAAAACUCAUACCCUCAGCCUGUCUGCGUACUGAAAGGUUAA